AUGCAGACACAACCAAAGAUUAUCUUCUUCACAGACUUUGAUGGAACAAUUACUUUGAAAGACAGCAAUGAUUAUUUAACCGACAAUCUUGGUUAUGGGCAAGAGAAACGCCGUGCAGGAAACAAAGCAGUUCUAGAAAACACCAUGACCUUCCGGGAUUCCUUCCGUGAGAUGCUAGACAGUGUCAAAAACCCUUUUGACGAGUGCAUUCAGAUUCUUUGCGAUAAGAUGCAGCUUGACCCCUAUUUUGCGGAGUUUUACAAUUGGGCCAAAGAUAACAAUGUUCCAAUCGUAAUUUUGUCAUCAGGCAUGGUCCCCAUAAUCCACGCACUGCUUGUCAAACUUCUAGGCCAUGAACCAGACCACAUUCAGAUCGUGGCAAACCAGGUCAAGGCCAGGGAUGGCAAGAGUAUUAACGAAGUGGGAGGUUGGGAAAUAGUGUAUCAUGACGACAGCCACUUCGGCCACGAUAAGUCCCUCGAAAUCAAGCCAUACCGAGCUUUGCCCUCGGAUAUACGGCCAAUAUUGCUUUACGCUGGAGAUGGUGUAUCUGAUCUCUCAGCCGCCUCUCAAACAGAUCUUCUUUUUGCGAAGAAGGGACAUGAUCUCAUCACCUACUGUGAACGGGAAAAGAUCCCUUUCACCGUGUUUGAAGAUUGGUCGAGCAUCCUUGCAAAAACAAAGAAAAUUUAUGAGGGAAAAACAAACCCGAAAGCGAUUGCAGAACAGCAGUUGCAGAAUGCAUAG